ACCUCCACGAGGCAUUGAUUAUAUUUUCGUUUUUUGUUUACAAUUUUCUGUUUUGCAAGUGCUUCGGAUGCAAGAUGAUACGAAUGCUAUUGGAUCUCGUAGGAAUAUCUACAAUAGAAGCUUUCGUCCCACGACUAGAGCUUCCUCCCAGACCGCCUUCUCAACAUAAAUUAAUUGGAUUUGGCCAGAUGCAAAAAGCAAGCUCUUUCUGCUGUAUUUCCUGGGCGAAGACUGUCACAGUCAGCGUCGGCGAUUACUGUUACAAUUUCUUACCACCAUCAUGUUCUUGUGGUACCUUCCUCGCGCCUUCGUACCUACGGCUGAUUUACUUGCCAGGAGUUGAGAGGCGCUGAUCCGACAAUCACUUUACCAAGCGGCAACAGUGCGGCGCAGGCGUUCAUUUGGUCUUGGCACGAACUUCAUAACUUACUUCUCGAUACAGCUUAUUUAUUCAUUACAGUACCGUCUUCAAUAAAAAAUCCACAAUGACUCGCCACUUUUCGUCCUUGUUAGAUGCCAUUCCCUCUUCUAAUGCAGUCCUCAAGACUCCCAAGGAAACGUUCCCACCGCCAACAAUCCUUCCCGCGACAGAACAAGAUAUUCCUGCGCUAGCACGCAUUCAUGUCACCGCUCUGUCCCCAAAUCUGCUUUUCCGUCUCUGUUGGCCCAAUCAGACCCGUCAAUAUGAAGCUGUCUGUGCUGGACUGGAAAGCGUGUUCAAGACCCCGGAAUUCGAGUGGUGGUUUGUGAAAGCUGUCAACGAAGAAGGCACAAUUAUGGGAUGGGGAGCUUGGACGGUGAGGCCGGCUGACUUGGGGUCUCGCGACUCCAGUGGGACGUUGUCUUUUCUUUUUCCAGGCCUGAUGGAUGGUGUGAAUGGAUCAAGUGAUGAAGAAGAGGGGAAAAUCGACGAUGUCGAGGAUUUUCCUUCCAUUCCUGGGCUACCGGACUAUAUGCAUUCUCACACCCAAGUCAUCCUAGAUGACUGGCUCCUUGGAAAGAAACACGUUCUCUUGAAUUCCCUGUUCGUUGCUCCUACCUUUCAACGCCGAGGCGUGGGGACAGCAAUCCUGAGAUAGGGCAUCGAAAGGGUUGAUAAAGAAGGACUGCCCUGUUUUCUGAAAAGCACUCCAGUUGCAUGGCCAUUAUACAAAGAGUUGGGUUGGAAAGAAAUUGGGAUCUUGGACGUUGACUUGAGAGACUGGGUUCGUGGUAAUGGAGAUGAAAAUGGUUGGGGCAGAUACCGAACCAGGUAUGGAUUGAGAUUGCCCGAUGUAUGGAAGAGCGACAAGAGCAGCACAGACGUUGCUGGUUGAAAGAUUGCCUGCAAGGACUUUCUCCAACGAUUCUAAAUCGAUUCCGGAUCUUGUGUUGAACUAGUCUCCACACGGCCAUUACGACACCUUCCUCCACCCGCCAUCUAUUUACAUCAAAACUCUACCAUUCAUCCGACCCAGACAUAUGCCCUUCUCCCACCCCAA